AUGACCUGGCAUCUCUGGUGUAGAUUUUUACCCUUUUCUGAUUCCGAGUUUUUAGGAAAACUGGGUAGUAUAUUAAAUUCUCUGAUGCAGAUCAAUUAUCAGAAAAAACAAAUUCAGAUCAACAGAUUCAAUUCAAAUAACACUGUUUUAAUCAUCGCAUUUAAAAAUUGAUGAUACCUGAACAAUGUUUAAAACAGAUCGUGCUGUGAUCUAUCCUAGACAAACUUCCGAGGUUGUGGAGAUAAUUGAAUUACGAACACUUUUCUGUAGAAUUUGUCUCCAAAAACGAACUGAUCUUGUUACUUUCAGUUCUAUGUUGCACAAUACUACGUUGUUCGAUAUUGUUCACAUUGUUGCUGGCUUGCAUAUUGAUAUUGAUGGCAUCGUCCCUACCAAAAUAUGCUCUAGUUGUGUGUCGCAGUUAGAUGUGGCAUUCAAUGUACGUUUACAUUUUCAGCGACAGGAAACAUACCUCAUGAAACUGAUGCAAAAUAAACAGCUAAUGAAUCAUUAUGAGGUGUAUGAUAAUCGUAGAUUGAGCAGAGGUGGGAGGGAAGACGAUGAUCAUAGUUCUUUUAAACAAGAGAAAUCUAUUUCGCCCUCGAUGGUAACCAGAGAGGAAGUGAAAUCGUCGGCAAGAGAACAUGGACAUGAAGUAAUUUGUGAUAUUGGUGAAGGAUCAGCUGCUGGUAGCGUAGAAAACAUGUUAGAAGAACAUUUGGACAAUAACGAGGAAAUAGAGUAUGCGGAUACGACAAAAUUAAAAAUUCUCAGAGAGUCGCCCUAUUCCAAUAUCGAAGAAUAUUUUGUAGAGGAUUAUGAGCUGCAAUUGAGUCAACCCGAAUCUGAAGAAGUCAAGAGAAUAUCACCUCAUAAGAACGAAGGAAAUGAUGUCGAAGCGUUAACACCAAACACUUGUUACAUUUGUAACACACAGUGUGAGAAUGCCAAUACACUAGAAUUACAUAUUGAAUGUCACGUUGAAAUUCUCCCUUACACAUGUACAAAGUGUAAUACAGAAGCAUAUCCUCAGGUUUUCAAAACUCUGGUAUUACUCAAUAAACACCUUCGGAUGCAUCAUUAUCCGAUACAGUGCGCACAUUGUCCGCAACGCUUUUUGACUGAAAAAUCGUACGCAGGUCAUAAGAACAAUUUGCAUAAUACUAGUCAAGAAUGUUACACCUGUAAUUACUGCAGACGUGUGUUUCUUUUGAAAAGGCCAUUCCAGAAGCAUAUAGCCGAGCAUCGUGCAGUGGAAAAGGGUAAAUACAAGUGCGAACACUGUAAUAAACCUUUUCGAGACAAUGGAUUACUCAAGAGGCACGUAAGAAUACAUACAGGUGAAAAACCAUUCGAAUGUAGAAAGUGUGGGAAAUGCUUUAAUCACGAAACCAAUUUUCAAAACCACAAACGCAAACACAUUGGUGAAAACUGUCGAUUGUUGAAAAGCAAACACGAAUCUGUUCCAAAAGAGUAUGUAUGUAAAUUCGAAGGAUGUGAGUUCGUUACAGAAACCUACAGUAAAUUCCAUUGCCAUCGAAACCGACACCUAAACAAAUAUCAAUGUGAGGUGUGUGAGAAACGUUUUCCUUACAAGAGUUCUCUUACCAAACACAUCGCAAUGGUACACGAAGGCAAAAUACCGGAGAGAAACUUACUUUGUCCGUACUGUCCGAAGCUGUUCAAUAGCAAACAAAAUCUACAACUACACGUUGACAUCCACGAGGGAAACCUAAAUUAUAAAUGUCGAUACUGUGAUAAGCAGUUCGUCCAGAAAGUGAAUUGCUUGGUACACGAAAGAACGCACACUGGAGAUCGACCGUACGUCUGUCAUGUUUGUCCAGCGUCUUUUUCGACUUCAACUAGCAGAAAGAAACAUGAGAAAAAUCACUCGGAACUAGUGCUGGAGAGGAACAAUGAAUCAUGCUCCAUAAAAGUACUAAUGGAAGUAAACAUAGAAAGAGAGAGUGAAAGUGAAUCGAUUGAUGAACCCAAUGCAAAUAGUAACGAUGUGUCUCGGGAAGGUGUUGAAGGUUCGGACAAUUGUUUGGAUCUGGAAGUUGAGCCACAAGAAAAUGGAAAAUAUGUGGCGGAGUAUGAAUCGGUUGACGAGUAGGAAAGUUUGGUUCUGAAUAAAAUACUUGUUUGUAUAAUUUAAGCAAUUGGGUCGUUACAUUCAUUCGUCUUUGACUCAUAAACUGUUAAUUUCCCACAAACUAAACUGAUUUAAUUUCCCACAAAGACGUUAUGUUGCUAACAAAAAUGUCGAAAUAGAGAUGAAUAGAAUGCAUAUUUUAAGA